GUCCUCUUCCUCCCCCUUCCCCCUCUGCCUUUCAUUCCACUUCUUCCCUCUUGCUAGCUACUUUUCCGCCUUCAGGGUUUUGUGCAUCAUUUGCACAGAGUCGUACAUACAGCCGUGGGCCCUGCAGGUUUCAAAAUCUGCUUCACCUUCCUCCUGCUGCCCCUUUGCUUGGGAAAUUGAAAUCAGAAAGAAGCUGCAAAUUAAUUAAGCAGAUAGAUGGCUCCUGUUUCAUUGCCUCCCGGUUUCAGGUUCCACCCCACCGACGAGGAACUUGUUGCGUACUACCUCAAACGAAAGAUCAACGGCCGCAAGAUCGAAUUAGAGAUCAUACCGGAAGUCGAUCUCUACAAGUGUGAGCCAUGGGAUUUACCCGGAAAAUCAUUGCUGCCAAGCAAAGACCUCGAAUGGUACUUCUUUAGCCCACGAGAUCGCAAAUAUCCCAACGGGUCAAGAACAAACCGCGCCACAAAAGCGGGAUACUGGAAGGCAACAGGCAAGGAUCGAAAGGUGAACUCACAAACACGCGCUGUGGGCAUGAAGAAAACCCUAGUAUAUUACCGCGGGAGAGCACCGCAUGGAACUCGAACCGACUGGGUUAUGCAUGAGUACAGGCUUGAUGAGAGAGAAUGUGAAACUCCUUCAGGAUUGCAGGAUGCAUAUGCACUGUGUCGCGUGUUCAAGAAAAGCAUAGCUAUCGCUCCAAAAAUUGUAGGGCAAUAUAAUGUAGUGGGCACUAGCAGUCAUCAGAUGGGCAGCGAUCACUCGUCGAGCAUGGAAUUAUACUCAGAAGGAAGAGGUGAAGACUUGGAGUGCUCAGACUAUCCAGCACCAUUUGAUAGAUGCUCAACCAACAUAGUUGAUGGAUCCCCCAAUAUGGCCAGUGGAAUGGGAGAUGGACAAUGGACGCAGUUCUUAUCUGAUGAGGCGUUUAGCUUUGCAGCUCCUUCAACAUUUCCCCACACUGGAAGCUCUUCUUACCUUCCAUCCAAGGUAGAUGUAGCAUUGGAGUGUGCUAGGAUGCAGCAUAGGUUCUCAGUUCCACCACUGCAGGUGGAGGACAUCCCACAAUUGGGCAUCACCAAUUUGAGAGGCCCCACACUCCAUGGAAGCGCCAAUGAAGCUGACAUCUUGCAAGAAAUUCUUUCGGUUGCUCAAGCUUCUCAGGAACUGAUUAAUCAUUCCAGCACUACAAACGCAAUAUGGGAAGCAAAUUAUCCUCAACCCAAUGAUUUCACCUUCAUGGUGGACGAUGAAACACUCUACAACAAUCAAGCUAGCCGUGGAAGUUCAUCGAGAUUUAUGGACAAGUAUUGGGAUGCUCAGAAUACCAGAUCCAUGGAAAUAGGAGAUCUGGAUGAAGAGUUCAAGAAUGAGAGAAUGGCAGAGAACUUGAGAUGGAUUGGGAUGUCAAACAAGGAUUACGAAAGGAGCUUCUCGGAAGGCCCCAACACUAUUGUUCCAAUAGAAAACGUUUCAAAUUUUCAGAGGGAGGAAAAUGAGGUCCAAGUAGCAGGAGAUCAAGCUGAUCACUACAGUAACUUCAAGAAAUUCAAUGACAGUGAGAUUGACAACUUCACACUUGGUUUUGCCAAUGAUGACCCCAAUGAUUCCUUCUUAGAUAAUGGUGACAUCGAUGACUUUUCGAGCACUCCGAGCUUUGGAGUCUUCGAGAAGACCGAAGUCAAUCAUGGAAUGUUCGUCUCUACCCGCCAAGUCUCUGAGACAUUCUUUCACCAAAUAGUACCUUCAAAAAUUGUCAAGGUACAUCUGAACCCAGCCAUGAUAGCAAACAACUGCUCGAUAAGAAAAGCCGAUGGCAGAACAAGACCCAAAAGCAGAAGCUCCUUCUUCAGUGAGCUAAGGGCAUUUGCAAGUGACAAGCUCAAGGGAACAACCAAAUCCAUAACUCCAUGGAGGACCAUAGCAAGUGCCAUCCAAGCUACGGUUGUGCUUCUGUUGACAUAUUGCAUUUACUUUGGAGAAAUCGUGAAGAGAGAUGAAGCAUGUUAUGAGAUUGAGCUCUCCGCAACUUGGACAGAUGUGAAGGAAAGAGAAGAAAGAGAGGAGGGUUGCUCUUGCAGAAUCAUGAAGAGGAGAAAAUGUGGAAGAGUACUUCAGGGGGAUGAUGUGAAAGAGAGGGUAUGGCUAGGGAAUUACCCAAGUGGGAACAUUUCUUGUACGUUUUUGAACAAGAUAUGGCUUUUCCUCAGCAUAGCUUUGACUGUUUGCACUGUCUGGGUACACCACAGCAUUCUUUAAUUCCUUUUGGCUUCCUCAGUCUUAAUUGGUAAUUAUUAUUGUAUUUGAUAAAGGUAGCUAGCUGUAAAAUGAGAGAGGCAUAAGUUAGCCUUCUCCAAAUUCUCACAUAUACUCGUCUUAAUUUUUUUAAUUAAUUGUACUUCAAAGACAUUAUUUGGCAACUGUUGUUGAUAUAAUAUAUACUGGAAGUGUCUUUUUUUU